CGACGAGAGAAAAUUCGUUUGACAUUUGCAUACCGGCAACAACACUUUCUAUCGAAACACCGACGCCAGCGAAUCGCAACGACUCUAGAUAUAUUUGCGCCUUCAGCUAAAAUUGCGCAGUGGAAAAAAAAAGUACCGCUUCAAACGUGAACACAAAUUUAUGUUUUAGUCAGAUUCAAAUCAAUUGUUUUUAAUUUCAAUAAGUGUCGGCAUAGAAAAUAAUACAUUUUUUGAUCGAAAUUAGUAGCACACACAGUUCCGACAUUUUAGUUUUUCAAUCGAUUUUGGAAAAUUGGAUUUUCAGUUAAUAAAAACUAGUUGAUUUACGGUUAUAAUGCAUCGAUUCAACCGAAAACGUCCAAAUCGCAACGUUACCGAGAACAACAACAACAAUGGUCAAGUUCCCAUUCGAACGCUGUAUAUUGCGCCAGUCAAGCCAUUCAUUGUCAACAAAAUCAAAGGCUAUUUUGAAUGCUUUGGAGAGGUGGAAUCCGUACGAGUGCAUUCGAAAGACGAAUUCCAAUACGGUUUUGUGCAAUUCAAAUCAGUUGAGAGUGCUCAAAUUGCCUUGAACCAGGGAUGGCAUCGAAUCGGAAACUGUAGCGUCAAGGUAAAAGCGGCCGAUUUUCAUCAUCAGCCAGACAAUGGACAAGAGCAAGAGCCACCAAACCCAUUGCUGAUUGCACCCGCACAGGAUUCAACGUCGCACAUUUUGAUCGCACUCAAUGAUGACUGUUUACGGGAAGUGUUUGGUUAUUUGGAUUUGUUUGAUCUAUCGAACGCUGCCAAUGCAUGUGUCCGGUUCAAUCAACAAGCAAAAGAAACGUUUGUGGACAAAUACAAAGAUUUGGAACUGAAUCGCAAUCGAUUAGACUACAAACCAAUCACAAAGGACCAAAUUGAAAACAUAUUGAACAAUUUCGGAUCAGUGAUUCGUACUCUCAAGAUUGAUCAAUUGGCAUUGGAUUCAAACAUUCCAUUCCUACGCAUCGCGUCACGGUACUGUACGGAAUUGAAACAGCUACAGCUGUUCGGCUUUCAUAUCACGGGAAAAAUGAAAAAGUUUCGUCCACUGUUCGGGAAACUGGAGCAAUUGGAAAUGAUCUACUGUGAAUUCAGCAAGAGUGUAAAAGAUUUCCACAGCGUCUGCAUGGAAAUGAAAACGUUGCGACUCGACUCCUGUGACAUAAACACGAGCAAGUGCAUCAAACAACACUUUGUGAAACUGAAAGAGGCACACUUGAUCGAAUGCCACAACUUUGAUGAAAAUGCAAUCGAUUGUUUCAUCAAAAUGAAUCCGCAAUUGACAAAACUGUCGAUUAUUCGAAGCGAAGAUUGGGAAACCUCGGAGCCAAUUCGUUCGAUUGGCCGUAAUCUUCAUCAACUACUUGAACUGGAAAUCGACCAAGAAAUUUGCGACGAGGAUGAGGAGAGCAUUCAUGGUCUGGGUCAAUUGCGUGCAUUGAAAGUGCUGAAAUUGAACUUUAAUUUGCUCUUGGUCACACCUUUGCUGAAGAUUCUGGUCGAAAACAAAGUUCCCAUUGAGGACAUGAAAUUGUACAACGGUGACUUGGACAGCAAAGCCAUCGAAUACAUCUGCGCGAUGAAACAAAUCAAGAAGCUGGAACUCAACGAAAACAUGGGUGUGCUGACUGACGAGCAUUUGGUUCAGUUGGCCAAAGAACUGCCAAAUCUCGACGUGCUUCAUUUGAAGGAGCUGCCCAGCGAUGUCACUAUCAUUGGAUUGAAGAAUAUGCUGGCACAUGCACAAAAAUUGUCACUGCUACACUUGGAAUCAGUCUACAGCAUUAAAGUCAAUGUCGAUGAUUACAAGGCUAUGCUGAAGACAGUAAAAAGCCGCCGAGAAAAGAUCAAACUUGUGAUUAAAAUCACGAGCAGUGGUGAUAAGGUCGAAGUAGAUGAGUGCGUGCUAGCCGAGAACAGUGACAUUUUCUACAUUGACGAGGAAAUUGAAGAAGAGCCCAGCUAUGAUGAUGAUCUCACGUUCGACGAAGAUGAUGCAUUCUGGUCGGAUGAUGAUGAUUUUUGGUACCCAUAUCACGAUUCGGAUGCCGACUCAGACAAUGGAUACGGUUAUGGCUACCUGAAUGGCAACAUUUUCUAUCUUGGUUAAAUUCACUUUGCUGCCAAUAUACCUAAUAUUUAAUGUCAAAUAAAAUAGUAAAAUGUCUCAUCUAGAUCUAAAAUCAGCCCAUGAGCUAGAGCUCAUUUAAAUUAUAAGAAAAUUGGAUAAAAAAGAUAAGCAAAAGGAAACAAACAAAGUUCAUAUUUAAAAACUUCAUGUUUAAAAAGAAAAAGAUUAUCAAUCAUAUGUCGCUAGUAGACUCUCUACAUCGUUUUUUCUUCUUCUGAAAAUAAAAAUAAAAUAAUUUCUUCCCCAACAAA